GUUAUUCGGCCACGGUCGGUUCCAGGAGAGAGGGGCAGCCAAGAAACGCACAGGAAUCGGCUGGCUCUGCAGGAAAGACACUUAGCGAGAAAAGAUACUGAAAUCGAACGAACAAUGAACCCCAUCGAGUAAGGCUUGUGAAAGACCCGCGGCCGAAUAUAUAUCACACAUUGCCACGUUAACAAAGCCCUUUGGUGAUACGGUCCAGAUCAGAGGCAGCGGAUAGAGAGCUGUGUCAUUGAGCAGGCAGGACACGUCAGGAGAAGGGAGAAAAAAAAAAAAAAGCUGACCGACUGCACUGUACGAGUCAGCUAUCAAAUCGCCCCUGAAAAGCUUUGCCUGCCGUGCUCAUCUUUUCGAGGACACCACCUUGCUGUCAGCUCGAGGGAAGGAUCUCGACAAAGACAUCGCCGAGGUCGAAGGUGGUGAUCAGAAGGACCAAACGAUCACGGGAUAGCAUUUGUGUGUGGGGGAGAAAACAAAUGGGGGAUUACGGGUUUGGAGUCCUAGUUCAAAACAACACUGGCAACAAGUCUGCAUUCCCGGUCCGAAUCCACCCGCAUCUGCAGCCCCCACACCACCACCAAAAUGUGUCGCAGAGCCCUGCAGCUUUCAUAAACAGCACCACAGCCGCAGGGAAUGGCACCACGGGAGGCUCUCCCUGGCUCUUCCCUGCCUCUGCCACCCACAACAGUGUGCAAGACGAAAUCCUGGGGGGCCCAGAGAAGCCCAAAGCACAGCAGCAACAGGAAAUGCAGGAAACGCAAGAAAAGCAGCAGCAGUUGUCCCCUGGGAGUCACCAGGAGGGUGGAAGUGGUGGUGGGAUCAUUUCGGAACUGGAAAAAGCCCGUUCAGACGAAGCCAAGACAGACAAUGGAACAUCUGAAGGAAGUAAUGGAAAGGAGAAGCAGCUACGUCUUGAGUCUCCAGUCCUGACAGGCUUCGAUUACCAGGAGACGUCUGGUCUCGGGGGAACUGGCCCAGUCCAGUCCAGUACAACCUCAUCAUCACUUACUGGCUUCAAUAACUGGUCGGCUGCCAUCCCGCCGGCGCCAUCGACGAUCAUCAAUGAGGACGUCAGCUUCUUCAACCCGGCCUCUGCCAGCAACGGUCCCCUGCUGUUCCAGAACUUCUCACAUCAUGUUAGUCCAGGGUUUGGUGGGAACUUCUCCCCCCAGAUUGGACCGGCGGCGGCCUUGUCUCAGCACCACCCGGCUCCCCCUCCACACCCCCACUUCCAACAUCCCCACAACCAACACCAGCAGCAUCGGCGCUCCCCGGCCUCACCACACCCUCCACCGCCCUUUCCGCACAGGAAUCCGGCUUUCAGCCAGUUGCCACAUUUGUCCAACAGCCUGAACAAGCCCCCGUCCCCCUGGGGUCCAGCCAGCUACCAGAGCCCCUCUCCUUCCCCCGGCUCCUCCACCUCCUGGAGUCCCGGAGGAGGCUAUGGUAGUGGUGGCGGUGGCUGGGGAGGGUCUCAGGGCAGAGAUUAUCGCCGAGGGCUGAACGGUGGGAUGACCCCCAUCAACUCUAUCUCUCCAUUGAAGAAGACCUUCCCCAACAACCAUGUGGCAUCCCAGAAGUACCCUCGAAACAGUCCUGCAGGCUUCAACCCCAAGUCCUGGAUGGAUGAUGGAGUCGGCCGCAGUGAUAACAUCUUCCCCUUUCAGGAACGCACCAGGUCAUUUGACAGCUUCAACAUGAACACUCUGGAGAGCUCCCUGAUCGACAUCAUGAGGGCCGAACAGGACACCCUGAAAGGUCGUCUUGGGUUCCCCCAUCCAGGCGGGGACAACCCCCUGCCCCUCAAUGGCCACUCCUCUCUCUUCCCCAUGGAGGAUGGUUUCCCUGAUGAUGAACGUGGCGAUCAAGGUCUUGCCGGACUGGGAUCGCCACACUGCUUUCCACACCAGAAUGGAGAGCGCGUGGAACGCUAUUCACGCAAGGUCUUUGUCGGAGGACUGCCCCCAGAUAUAGAUGAAGAUGAGAUAACAGCCAGUUUCCGGCGUUUUGGGCACCUGUUUGUGGACUGGCCUCACAAAGCUGAGAGCAAAUCCUAUUUUCCCCCCAAAGGCUACGCCUUCCUACUGUUCCAGGAUGAGAGCUCAGUGCAGGCUUUGAUCGAUGCCUGCAUCGAGGAGGACGGCAAGCUGUACCUCUGUGUGUCCAGCCCCACCAUCAAAGACAAGCCGGUCCAGAUUCGCCCAUGGAACCUGAAUGACAGCGAUUUUGUGAUGGAUGGAUCUCAGCCUCUGGACCCGAGGAAAACCAUCUUUGUGGGAGGUGUCCCUCGUCCGCUCCGUGCAGUGGAGCUGGCCAUGAUAAUGGACCGCCUGUACGGUGGAGUUUGCUACGCUGGCAUCGACACAGACCCUGAGCUGAAGUACCCCAAGGGAGCGGGGCGGGUCGCCUUCUCUAAUCAGCAGAGCUACAUUGCUGCUAUCAGUGCUCGCUUUGUACAGCUGCAGCAUGGAGAAAUCGAUAAACGGGUGGAAGUGAAGCCAUACGUGCUGGAUGACCAGCUGUGCGAUGAGUGCCAGGGAACUCGCUGCGGCGGGAAGUUUGCACCGUUCUUCUGCGCCAACGUCACCUGUCUGCAGUACUACUGCGAGUACUGCUGGGCGGCCAUACAUUCGCGCGCCGGACGAGAGUUUCACAAACCCCUGGUGAAGGAGGGAGGCGACCGACCCCGUCACAUCUCCUUCCGCUGGAACUGAGCAGAUGACAGAGAGGGAGAGGCAACAGAGGAGCAGGAGGGCAGGUAGUGCAGGAGUCGCAAAUCAUUGUACAAAUAAAUGCACUUUUCUGUUGCUGGUUCCUUUUUGCUCUAAUUUCACCGAACCUUUUUCUCAUUUUUUUUUUUUAAGUUAAUAUAUAUCUAUAUUUUGAAAAUAGAAAAGAAAAACUGGAAUUAUAUCCAAAUAUGUCCAGCAAGGAAAAAAGAUGUGUAAAAUGAUUUUAUUUAUGCGUUUGAUUUUUGAAAUAUUUUUAUUAGUUCUCAAAAAAAAUACAUAUAUAGGAAAGUUUGAGGUGUGAUAUGGUACUCUGCUAUUCAAUUGGCAUAUUUUUCUAAACAAUGUAUUUGAUUUUAAUUUUGAUACAAGAGGCCCCAAAACAAAUACUCUUCAUUUGACAUUUGAAUGACUUCUUUUGUAGCAGAGCUUUGCUUUUUGUUUUGCUUUUUGUUCGAGUCUCCAGAGCAAAUGCUGUUGAAACAGUAUCUCAUUGGCUAUUUAUUUCUGAGAGGUGUGAUUAAGUUUUCUAUUGAUACAAGAGGCUCCAGAGCAUAUGUGAAUUGAAAAGGUGUUGCUAAAGAAGAGUGCACUUAUUUCCAAUAUAAGGAGUGCAGACACACUAUAUGAGACCCUUAGUUGUUAACCAAAGCUGAAUCUUAAUUAACUUUGAAGAAGAGAGAGGGCCCACUGCAGAAAGAAAUAGAUUCUUUUUUCCUCCCAGAUCAAAAUUUUUCAACCUCUUUUUAUGAUUUCCAAGACCAUACAAAUACUUUGAUGUUACUUGAAAAUCACAACAAAAUUUUAGCAACACAUAUUUGGGUUUUGAUCUCCAUUUUGACAUGCAAAAACUAAUACCUCAAACUCAGCUGCUAAUGUGCCGAAUACAGGUUUAAAAAGAAAGAAAGCAAGAAAGAAAACAUUAUCACCUGCUGCUGUUCUCCUUUCCCUUAGAACUGUAAUCAAAGGGAAGUGAUGCAACAGGCAGGGUGUGAUGUGACUGGUACAGUUUUGUACUCCUUGCUUCAUCACCUCCAUAUUUUUGUAAUCAAACCCAGGGUUGUGCUAGGGACAGAGCAGAGCAUCGUACAGUAUACAGUGUAUAAGGGGAAUGUAUGGCGUAGGGAGGCUACAGGAGAGACAGACGGGCUUACUGGUAAAGAGAUAAAUCCAACCCCACUCCCCCUCCUCAUGUCUGCCUGUGGCCUCUGCUGCUAAGCUAGCAGCUAACAGAGGGUAGGGCCUCAUUCACGGAUCAAAACCCACUUUCUGUGUCUGCACACAGUGGAGCAUGGAUACAGAUCUUUCAGGACUGAGGUUAAGGUAACUCCUCGAGAGAAGGCUGGUCAAGUUGCCGCCUUUAUUGCAGUUUUCACGGGGCUCCCGCCAAACAGGAGUUGCCUGUCUUUGUUCUUUUUUUUUUUUUUCUUUCUUUUUCUUUUUUCAAUGCAUUUGUGCAAUUCUCCCAAGUCUUUAAUGAGAAAGUUCUACUUUGCAUCCAACAGUCAGCUACAUUUAAUUAAAGAAGCAAUUAAAGUUUAUCUGAUUUCCAAAUCGUCAGCACACAUUUGAGUCAUAGGGGGAUCUGCCCUUUCGGCGAACCCUCUAUCCUUUCUCCUGCCAAGUUAAUCCAACUCAGCAUCCAGUGUUUUUGAAGCAUAAAUGAAGAUAGUCUCUGCAGUGUGCUCUACUACUACACACUUGUGACCCACAUGCAGUUUGCUCUUGAUAACUAGAUUGCAGGUCCAGUCGGUUUUACCCAGUGGCUUUUGGGAACCAAAGAUGGCUGUGCAGUAGUGGUUCAUGCUGUAGCUCAUUUUCUUAUCUAGGUUUUUAUUUGUAUUUUCCUUUUCUUUUCCUCAAGGAUGUUUUUCAUAUAUUUUUCAAAAUCUGUCACUUCUACCCAGUUUUACUUAACUGUCAAGCCCCAAUGGACUCCAGCAAACCAAAGAUUGGCCUUGAGUAUUAUAUAUAAAUAUUAUUCAUAUAUAUAUAUAAAUAUAUAUAUGAAUAUUAUAUAUUUAUAUAUAUAUAUAUAUAUAAUAUAAAAUGUAUUUGACAGUGCAGUCAAAACUCAUUAGAACAACAGUGGGAAAGCAACAGGGCUUGCAGACAAACACACGCACACAAGGCCUCACACUCUCCAUAGCUCAAAAUGGAGGUGCACGCUGGCAGACACUAGUUCUUUUUAUUUCACAUAGGUCUGCGUGUUUGGGAAAAUUCAACAUAGAGUGCACAUUCACACAGCGAAAGUAAAACUAAUCCUCACAUUUGUUUGACGUUUUAGGUCACUCAGUGGCAUCCUACUAGCCGAGCAUUUAAAUAUGUCAGGGAGUUAGUACAGAAACUUGAUUAUACACACUAGUGAGAAUCCUCAUAUCGGCAUGGUGUCGUGACACCAGUUUUGCACCCUGGACAUUAGUUUUGUGGGUGUGGUGGGUGAGCAUUUUAGAAGUUAAAACACUUUGUGAAGAAUUUGCUGUUAAAUGAGAUGAAAAAAAGAUUAUUUUAUACAUGGCCUGCUGAUUUUUGGUACAGUGUUUUCUAGCUAAAUUAUUUUGUCAUGCACAUAUAAACAUUUAUUAUGCACUACUUUUCUAAAUAUUUUUUCUUUUUCCAACAGUCAUUUUAGGCACAUUUUUCACAAAUGGGGAAACUCCUUUUUGCAAUACCUCAAUUUUUCACAUUGUGAAAGGUAGCUUUUGUACUUUUGUUACUGAGAGAUCUGCAUAUAUGGAAAUGUUCAUUUUAAGAAAAAAGUUGAGUGAUUUCAAUAUAUAUUAUUUUCAAUUAUGCUUUUUAUACAUUUCAGUGCUGAGGAAUCUUUACAACUAAGUGCGCACUUGUGUUGAUGCGACUUCAGAUCUGCAGAGGAGAGACCAAAGUGUAUUGCUCUUUCGGUCUUAGCCUUUCGUACACGAGACGUUUCCAGUCAAUCUGGUCAAUAACAGCAUGGCGAGAAAAAAAAAAAACAAACAAGUUGUAAUUUGGAAUUGAUGUUAAUGUUUCUAAACAUGGCUACACUAGUUGGAAAUGGUAACUUCGGUCUUGGUUUCCUCUCCGUAGAUGGAGUAUAACUUAUUAUAAGGAGAAUGCAAAAUUUGGUUCAAGCUUAACGCUGAAUCUCGUAUCACAAGAAUGGAUGUUUGGUGUUUAGAUAUUUUAAUAUUUGAAAAAAAAAAAAAGUAUAUAUAUAUUCUUGAACUUGCCAACUAGCACCUAUUGUAAUCCUUAGCAUGCAUGACAAAAAAAAAAAAAAGAGAAAAUGACAAGUACAUGAAUUAGCUAUUAAAAUUAAUUGUUGUGGUGUGCACCAAAUGUUUCUCAACUAUUAAGUUGUUAAGGACACCCCAAACCCACUCUCACCUCACCUCACCCUCCUUCCCUCUCCCCUCCACAUGUGUUGAUCUCCUUGCUUCCCCAUUCGCAGACCUCUGCAGGAUGCACAUGACAGAGAGAUAAGACGAGAAACAAGACAGAAUCUAACUUUAAAUUGAAUUGGCAGUGCAUGACUUUGAGCAUCCUUAUAGAACACUGUUUAAAAGACUUGAGAACUCAUCCCCGCUGUCUGUCGAGGUGAUCUUAUAUAGACCUAUCUGGAGGAAGGGGAGCUUAAAGACUUGAAUGUGGUAAAUGUUGCAAGUUAACUUCAAGUUGUUAUGUGCAAUACUUCUUUUGAACCUUUUUCCAGAUAAAGACUCUUUGCAAUGUAAUUCUUUAAUGCCAUUUUUAAUUGCAGACAUUUAAUUAAAGAAGAUGUUAAUAUGUUUUUCACAGUCAUUUUCUACUGUUAUUGUAAUCCUUUUCAUGCUGGUGUUUGUAAAAAAGAAAAGAAAUCAACUAUUUGUACUAAUAUAAAUAAUUGAAGUUAUUUUUAAAACAUUAAAGGUUUGUGCUCAUUUGCUUAUUUUGUUUAUUUUAAGCUACUGUGAUUGAUUGCAUUGUAAUUAUUAGGUCAACAAUGUAUUUAGCUGUUUAUUGGUAUAUUUUUAAUUGGAAUGUAUAAUUGAUUUUUAUAAUUUUGAUCAGAUUUUUGUUAUAUUUUUGAGGUGAAGCUUUUAAUAUGUUAAAGUGUCUAGUUUUUACUAAUUGCUAUAUUGUGCUCCACAAUAUAUGGUUCACAUUUUCUGAAGGAAAAUAAAUAUUUAAAUAUUUGUCUGUUAAUGAUGUUACUUAAUGGCAAGAUUUCAAUAGUUUUUAACUGUGUAUGGGAAGGUUGUUGUAUUUAUUAAUAGCAUUUUUUUACUUAAGAUAUCACCUUAAUUUUUAUUGUCAUUUCACUUUAUAAGUUCCUAUUUUUGUAUUUUCCUUUCUAAUUAAGUUAUGUAAUACGGAUAUGUCCAUAUUUCUAGGAGUUGGUCUGUAGAAGUGCUAGUGAAACGAAAAAGAAAAAUCUAAUGUUAUUUAAUUGUUUGCAGCCAACUAUUUAUAACAGUAUGCAUAAUUUUUAAAUAUUUGUAAUGUGAAAUGUUGAAUGAAAU